GGGCGGCCGGGAGCGCGCCGUGGACUCGCGGCGGCGAGGAGUUAGUUAGUUGUUGUUAGUCAGUGUCAGUUGCUCGGCGGCGGCGGCGGCGGCCGCGGUCAGCAGGAAGGGUACGGGACGGCCGGCGAAGGUGGUCCCCGCGGCGGCGUGUGAGCCCCUCAGGUGUUUGCCUAAACUGGAACUUAUGCUCUAGACAUUUCUUUGUGGAUUUGUCUGAAAACCUAAGACACUACAGCCCUAGGUUAAGAAUUCUUGGAUUAACAUAAUGGUGUUAGCAGAACUCAUGUUGCUGUGGACUGGGGAGUGAAUUUGCAUGAGGGCAAAUAAAGGGAGGACACCAUUGGGAAAAGAAUAUUUGAAGUUCAUUCCUAAGGAAAGAAAAGGAAGCAAUGACAUAAUGCCUCGAGUUGGUGCCAGUUAAACUGGUAACCAUUGCUAUCUUCAGAAAAUAAGUUAAGAAAUGAGAGGCAAGGAAGAAAGGAGAUUCAUCUUGGAAGGACCCAAAGCACUUUGAAAUUUAAAGGAAUGUAAAGAUAGCUGCUGAAAACCACCUUUGUCACGAAAAUGGAUGAAGUACUUCAAAUUUAAAUGCAGAUUGAUCACACUUACAAGAGCUGCUAUGAAACAUAGGGGAGGUGAAAACUAACAGAUGAACGUUUUGCCAUGCACUGAAAGGAAAGCAUUGAAUGUGAAGCUCUAUUUUUAAAAAUGUCUGCUUGUAAUACCUUUACUGAACACGUUUGGAAACCUGGUGAAUGCAAGAACUGCUUUAAACCUAAAAGCUUACACCAGCUCCCCCCAGACCCUGAGAAGGCACCCAUCACCCAUGGCAAUAAAACUAAUGCCAAUCACAGUAACAACCACCGAAUCAGGAAUACGGGAAAUUUCCGGCCGCCUGUGGCUAAAAAACCCACUAUAGCUGUGAAGCCCACUAUGAUGGUGGCAGAUGGGCAAAGUGUGUGUGGUGAGCUUAGUAUCCAAGAACACUGUGAGAAUAAACCUGUCAUCAUAGGAUGGAACCGAAACAGGAUGGCCUUGAAUCAGAAACCACUUAAUAAUAAUAAUGAAGAUGAUGUUGAAGGAUUUAGCCAUGUUCCUAAGUCUUUUGGGAAUAACGAUAGUGCAAAGAAGGCAUCAAAUAACAAUAACGGACUAACUGAAGUGUUAAAGGAGAUAGCAGGCUUGGAUACCACCCCUCAAAUAAAAGGAAAUGAAACAAACUCCAGAGAAACAUUCUUAGGAAGAAUAAAUGAUUGCUAUAAACGAUCACUGGAAAGAAAGCUUCCACCAAGUUGCAUGAUGGGCGGGAUAAAGGAUACUCAGGACAAGCACGUUAUUCUGAGUGGGAGCACAGAAGUGAUCAGUAAUGAAGGGGGUCGAUUCUGUUACCCAGAGUUUUCUAGUGGCGAAGAGAGUGAGGAAGAUGUGCUUUUGAGUAACAUGGAAGAGGAGCAUGAGAGCUGGGAUGAGAGUGAUGAGGAACUGCUGGCCAUGGAGAUUCGCAUGAGAGGGCAACCCCGCUUUGCCAACUUUAGGGCAAACACUUUGUCUCCUGUUCGAUUCUUUGUGGACAAAAAAUGGAAUACUGUCCCCCUGCGAAAUAAAUCUCUGCAAAGAAUCUGUGCUGUAGACUAUGAUGACAGUUAUGAUGAAAUCCUGAAUGGUUACGAAGAGAAUUCUGUGGUCUCCUAUGGACCAGGAAGCAUUCAGAGCAUGGUGUCAUCUGACUCCACAUCCCCAGAUUCCUCUUUAACAGAAGAAUCACGUUCUGAGACAGCCAGUAGUUUAUCCCAGAAGAUCUGUAAUGGGGGAAUAGCUCCUGGUAACCCAGCAGAUUCUAAGGAUAUUAAGGAAAGUGAGCCCAAUUAUGAAAGCCUCUCUGGUAACAAUCAGGAAAAGGACUCAUCGCAGGCAUCCAAAAGCUCAAUAAAAGUUCCAGAGACACACAAAGCAGUCCUUGCUCUCCGAUUAGAAGAGAAGGAUGGCAAGAUUGCUGUACAAACUGAGAAGCAAGAAAGUAAAGCCUCUACAGAUAUUGCUGGGCAAGCAGUAACCAUAAACCUCGUUCCUAUAGAAGAGCAAGCAAAGCCCUACCGAGUUGUGAAUCUGGAGCAGCCUUUGUGCAAGCCCUAUACCGUCGUGGAUGUGUCAGCAGCCAUGGCCAGUGAGCACCUCGAGGGCCCUGUUAACAGUCCCAAGACGAAAAUCUCAUCUUCUACUCCAAACUCUCCGGUGACAUCACCUGCAUUGACAUCAGGACAAAUAAGUGCCCAUUUCCAGAAAUCCAGUGCAAUCCGCUACCAGGAAGUAUGGACUUCCAGUACCAGUCCACGACAAAAGAUACCUAAGGUGGAAUUAAUUAGUGGUGGGACUGGACCAAAUGUCCCUCCAAGGAAAAAUUGUCACAAAUCAGCACCUACUUCACCCACAGCUACAAACAUUUCCUCCAAAACCAUCCCUGUUAAGUCACCUAAUUUGUCUGAAAUAAAAUUUAAUAGUUAUAACAAUGCUGGUAUGCCACCUUUUCCAAUUAUCAUCCAUGAUGAGCCAGCUUAUGCUCGGAGUUCCAAAAAUGCUAUCAAAGUUCCCAUUGUCAUCAAUCCAAAUGCAUAUGACAAUCUAGCCAUUUACAAAAGUUUUCUCGGAACAAGUGGAGAACUUUCAGCGCAGGAAAAAACCGCAAGCGUAAUAAGCCACACGUACGAAGAAAUAGAAACUGAAAGCAGAGCGCCUGCCAGCACCACCAGCAAACCUCCUGACUGUCCCCAGGCUAAAGGGCUGUUAAACAGCACAGAGCGUAAAAGGGGCUCAGUGGCUCAGAAGGUUCAGGAGUUUAACAGCUGUCUUAACAGAGGUCAGUCUUCACCACAGAGAAGCUGCAGUUCCAGCCACAGCUCCCCAACAAAGCUCCAGAGAACCACUCAGGAACCUGUGGCCAAAACAGAAGGCACUCGAGAGUCCCAGAUGAUGGGCAGCGGCGGCGGCGCCAGCACCAGGGAGAAAGCGAGCACCGUGCUUUCUCAGAUUGUGGCUUCCAUCCAGCCCCCACAGUCUCCUCCAGAAGUGCCCCAGGCUGGCCCGAAAGCUUGCAGUGUGGAAGAGCUUUACGCAGUUCCUCCCGAUGCCAGUGCUGCUAAGAGUACACCUAAGAGUACGCCAGCCCGACCCAAAUCUCUCUUCACAUCCCAGCCCAGUGGGGAGGCUGAAGCACCUCUGACCACAGAAAGUCCUACCACCCAAGUACAGAAGGAUCCACUCACAAAGCCAGUCACCACCCCUCCCUCCAAAUUAGCUACUAACCCCCAAAGUGAGCCGCCACCCCCCUUUCCCCCACCACGUUCGACUUCCUCCCCUUACCAUGCAAGUAACCUUCUGCAGAGGCAUUUCACCAACUGGACCAAGCCAACCAGCCCUACCAGGUCAACGGAAGCUGAAUCAGUUUUGCACUCUGAAGGCAGCAGGCGGGCAGCUGAUGCAAAACCUAAGCGCUGGAUAUCGUUUAAAAGUUUCUUCCGCCGUCGGAAAACAGACGAGGAGGACGACAAAGAGAAAGACCGAGAGAAAGGGAAACUGGUGGGCCUGGAUGGCACAGUCAUCCACAUGCUGCCCCCUCCUCCAGUUCAGCGCCAUCAGUGGUUCACAGAGGCAAAAGGAGAGUCCAGCGAGAAGCCAGCCAUCGUCUUCAUGUACAGGUGCGACCCUGCCCAAGGCCAGCUCAGUGUGGAUCAGGGCAAAACCAGGGCAGAGCAAUCAGCAGUCACAGAGAAGGGUGGAGCAGAAGAUGGGCUACUACAGGACGCAGAGAAAAAGAAAAGGAGUCAUUCUUCUCCAUCACAGAUUCCUAAGAAAGUUCUCAGUCACGUGACCCAUGAAGUGACAGAGGAUUUUUCUUCUCGGGAUCCAAGAACUGUUGUUGUGAAGCAAGAUGGCGGGGGCUGCACCUCAGUCACACCAGCAUUGCCCCUACCUGAACUGGAAAGGGAAGAGGAAAAAGAAGGCAUGUCAGAUCCUAUGGACCUGAAUCCCUGUAGUGCAACAUACAGCAACUUAGGGCAAUCUAGAGCAGCCAUGAUACCUCCCAAGCAUCCACGGCAGCCUAAGGGAGCUUUGGAUGAUGCCAUUGCCUUUGGUGGGAAAACAGACCAAGAAGCACCUAAUGCUUCUCAACCUACACCACCCCCACUGCCAAAGAAAAUGAUCAUAAGAGCCAACACAGAGCCAAUCUCCAAAGAUCUCCAGAAAUCCCUGGAAACUACUCUUUGUGUCAUGGCUAAUCCCACCUAUGAUAUUGACCCCAACUGGGAUGCCAGCAGUGCUGGCUCUUCAAUCAGUUAUGAACUUAAGGGACUGGACAUUGAGUCUUAUGACUCCUUAGAGAGACCUUUGCACAAGGAGAGACCUGUGCCCUCAGCAGCAAACAGCAUCUCCAGCUUAACCACUCUCAGUAUUAAGGAAAGAUUUUCCAACAGCACAGAGUCCCUGUCCAGCCGGCGUGGUCCCUCUUGUAGACAGGGCCGGGGUAUCCAGAAGCCACAGAGGCAAGCACUUUAUCGAGGACUUGAGAACCGUGAAGAAGUGGUGGGUAAAAUCCGAAACCUUCAUACAGAUGCCUUGAAGAAACUGGCUAUUAAAUGUGAAGACCUCUUCAUGGCUGGGCAGAAAGAUCAGCUCCGUUUUGGGGUGGACAGCUGGUCAGACUUCAGGCUAACCAGCGACAAGCCAUGUUGUGAGGCAGGCGAUGCAGUUUACUACACAGCUUCAUAUGCAAAAGAUCCACUUAAUAACUACGCAGUCAAGAUCUGUAAGAGCAAAGCUAAAGAAUCGCAGCAAUAUUAUCACAGCUUGGCUGUCCGGCAGAGUCUGGCUGUCCAUUUUAACAUCCAGCAGGACUGUGGUCACUUUCUCGCUGAAGUUCCUAAACGUCUGCUUCCCUGGGAGGAUCCUGAUGCCCCUGAGGAGGAAGAGGAGGAAACGGAAGCGACAGAAGAGGUGAAAGGAGAAACCGAUGGGAAAAGCCCAGAGCCCAGCUCUGAAGCAGAGUCAUCCCACAAAGAAAGCCAGGCAGCCGUUAGCAGGAAGCAGAGGAGCCACGUUGUGGUCAUCACCAGAGAGGUCCCCUGUCUCACCGUGGCUGACUUUGUGCAAGACUCGCUGGCGCAGCAUGGGAAGAGCCCUGACGUGUAUGAGAGGCAAGUAUGUCUGCUGCUCUUACAGCUGUGCUCCGGCCUGGAGCAUCUCAAACCCUACCACGUCACUCACUGCGACCUGCGUUUGGAGAACCUGCUGCUUGUCCACUACCAGCCCGGGGGACCCGCCCAGGGCCUCGGGCCUGCGGAGCCCAGCCCUGCCUCUUCUUGUCCCACGAGGCUCAUAGUAAGCAACUUCUCUCAAGCCAAGCAGAAGAGCCAUCUGGUGGACCCCGAGAUCCUCCGGGACCAGUCCCGCCUCGCCCCAGAGAUCAUCACAGCCACCCAGUAUAAAAAGUGUGAUGAGUUCCAGACAGGCAUCCUCAUUUACGAGAUGCUGCACCUGCCCAACCCCUUCGAUGAGAACCCAGAGCUGAAGGAGAAGGAAUACACUCGAGCAGACCUGCCUCGCAUCCCACUCCGCUCCCCCUAUUCCCGGGGCCUGCAGCAGCUGGCCAGCUGCCUCCUGAAUCCCAACCCUUCUGAGCGGAUCCUUAUUUCAGACGCCAGAGGCAUCCUCCAGUGUCUGCUCUGGGGCCCCCGGGAAGAUCUCUUCCAGACUCUCACCGCCUCCCCAAGCCCAGUGCAGAGGAACACCCUGCUCCAAAACUGGCUGGACAUCAAGCGGACACUGCUCAUGAUCAAGUUUGCUGAGAAGUCCCUGGACAGGGAGGGCGGCAUCAGCCUUGAGGACUGGCUUUGUGCUCAAUAUUUGGCUUUUGCUACUCCAGACUCCCUCAGCUGUGUCGUGAAAAUCCUGCAGCCCCGUUAAUAUGUCCCGGUUGCUCCUUUUACGUCAUCGUAACCUUCUUCGAGUCGCUCACAUACUUCCCCUUCCUGGUACUCACACAGAAUUCACGGAAAGAGGAGAGGCAAGCCUUCCAUCCCCAUCCAUGAAUAGAUGAGUCCACUCAGAAAAGUUAUCCUCAGCUCCAAAACAGUGAGACGUGAGUCCCUCUUAACUUCACAGGAAGUCAGCCACACAAACGCGCAGCUGCCUUCUGUGGGAACACCUUCUGCCCUAACUGUCCUCCAAACGCAAGGAAAAUGAAGACACAUCCUUGAAGGGACAGCUUCUCUGGUUUGAACUCAGUGAGCUGGGUUCCUCUAUAAUUCUGAAUUUCACCUGUCUUUUUAACGCCAUGUAUUUAUUCUCACUAGCAAUAGACGGAUUUAACCAGUCCUUACCAUCAUCCACUAAGGUCUCACAACAGACUUUCUUCCUUUAAAGGAUCAAUAACUGACUCUCUUACCAGGCAGAACUGCCAUCCUUAGCAUCAGCCUAGUUUGGGUUCUGGGAACUGUAUCCUUUGUUCCAGCAGAUAGUAGAAGGACAAGGAGAGAUCCCAUCCUUUCGGUCAUGAACCCAUUUUCAUUUCUAUUAUCGAUAAGUGUGUGCACUGCAUGGAGGACGGCCCUAACAGUCUCCCCUCUGCUGCCACUGCCUGAUUCUCCUUCACCUCUACUCUGUCCUUACUUGCCAAUGAAAUUUGGGUUUAUCAGCCACUUGUGGCCCAUGACAGAGCUGACCCAGCGUGGUGUCACCAAUGCCUCAGCAGGGUGGAGUGCAGUUCAGAUCUUAUGAAUAGCUGGCAGGACACAAGGAGAUGAUUUUCCUGCAUGUGCAAUUCUCUAGGGACCAUCAGGGGAACAGAGUUUAAAGUACCGUUCUUUGAUUAUUGUCAGAGCUGUCAGCACUGGCAGCCAGGGCUGCCGGUGCCCAGAUCACCGUUUUCCCCUGGAGCAGUAAUUGGCCAGCUUCCUUCUAUCAGUAGCCAGUGUUAACUAGCCUACCCAAUGCUGUAGAUAACAGCCCUGCAUGAAGCGGCUGUCAGUUGAGCUGUAAUAUCUCCUCAGAGAGCGUGGCGUGGGUGGCUGUUAGGAUGGCCAGGAGGCAGGGGAAGGGGAGAAGGCCACUGAUGAGACUGCUGACCUCCUCCUCAGAAUGCCAACCUGUUCCAGAGAGACGGCCGCCCCGUUGCAGGGGCACAUUGCUCCUUGUGACUCUCUGAAAUGGCUCUGGAGGACAGCUCACAGGGAAUUUGGAUGGCUGAGGUGGGUGGCUGAGAGCUGUUCGCUGCAAGUGGGGUCUGUGCUCCUCUCCUAUGGAUAUAUGUGCAAUUUUUGUAUGUAUUUUUUUUUAGCUGUAUAUACAAUGUCUAUGUUGCAACUUCACCUGAAGCAAUAUUUCCAGCAACCCUCCCCUUCUUCCCUUGGCACAUAUUUGCCUGAGAUGAGUGGUCCUUCCACCCGGGGGGGGUGUGUGUGUGUGUGUGUGUGUUAUUCAAAACUGUGAGUAUCUGUUCUGUUUACUUCAACCUUGAAAUCCCAAGAGUCACUCAGACAGUGUGAGUGUGUACACGUGUGUGCCCAUGUGUGCGCACACGCACGCUGGAAGUAGAGGCCAGGCCUCUGGGGGAGCAACCUGUGGCAGGGUUGAUAGGCACGUCCUCUGCACUGGUGGGUGAGAGCCCUGCGCCCCUCAUCUACCAGUGCAGUUUAUGAAGGCCAAGCCUGAUUGUGCAGUAUUACGUAGGAGCACGUUAGUGGCCUUUUGUAAUUUCUAAACUUUUAACAUUAUUAACAACCUUUCAUGGGAUUCACAUAUAUCAAAGAGGAUCAAGAAAGGAGAAGAAUGUAUUUUAUUGUGCUCUUCUUUGUUUCUUUUUCUUUUUUUAAGAGAAUGGGACAUGUGAGGCUCCACAUGGAGGAUGCCCCUGUCCUCCUGGCCAGCAGUACAGGACGUCCAGGGAAGGGAGCUGGUUGGCCCACAAAGAGUCUUGUCUCCUCUGGCCAGAGUGCAAGUCUCUGCCCCAAGGAAUGGCCACAAGGUGGGCGUGCCGCUGCAGACCAGCAGUCUACACUCUCUCGGUGUCCUGUGACGUGGCCACACCUUGCCUACCAGGCUGGUGUUUGGUCCACCUUAGCAUAGCCCACGUGCACAUAACUCCCUGCCCCAUUAUACACUGAAGUGGCAGCACGCAGACCACUGACCCUGUCAGCCACCACUUUCCCUUAGCAGCACCCCCUCCAUGGUUUGCAUAUUGAGACGCUUUCUCAAAUGUCACUCUCAUGGUGCCUUGCCCGUGUAAAUUUGAAUGUUGACUAUUUAAUGAGGGUUCAUAUUUAAUGAAGAAUGUUUCCUGGUCCCUCUAUUUGUUCUAUAGGUAUCCUGCCCCCUCCUUUUUUUCUGUUUCUGUUCUGACUUGGAUCCAGUCUUCUUCAUUUUAAUUCUAUAGUAUUAUAAUCACGGACACCCUCCACUACCAUUAUCUUAUAGCACUGGCAAACCGAGCACCUCUUCACAUCAGAUGUGUUUAGUACUGUUUUCAUAUUCAGAUGUGUUAAGGGCAAAAAAUGAAUGCCAACUAGGCAGAGAAGGGACGCAGGCUUCCCCAAGACAGGUGACUAGAUUAACAGUUCUCUGAGUGAGGGCCAAGGAAUGUAAGGUGGGGAGGGAGGAAGGUGUUACAGGUUAGAGCAGAAUAGGCAGAAUAACCCUAUUUCUAGGCAAGAAGUAUUACAUCAGAUUGUCCUCCAAAUAUUUUUCCAAAUGAUGAAAUUCAGUCUAUCUCAUAUUAUCACAAAUAUUUUACAUUUCCAUUUUAAUUGUAGUAGGAACUUUGGAUUCAUUCAUCAACUGGAAAGAAAUCCUGCCCUCAGACAAAGACAGACAUACAUACGUAUUUUUAUAUAUAUAUAUAUAUAUUUUUAUAUAUAUAUAUAUAUAUAUAUAUAUGAGUUUUGGAUUGUGACUAGUAUAGCACUUUGUUUUCUCAAGUAACAUCAAGUUAUUGUCUUCAAUACUGAUUGGAUUUUUUUCUGUUCUGUUGAAGUCUAUACUAUAGAUUCUUCCAUUUAUAUUGAGAAUUUGAACAAUUAAGCCGCUAUUGGAACUUUUCCUUAAGCCACAUGAGCAAGAAUAAUCUCUCGUACAUAUUUGGGUACUAGAGAAACGGACAAUGGCUGGAAUAGCCAAGACCAAGACUGAAUGUACAGCAGAGUGCCUUGUUAGCGUGAUGACCUCGUCUGGGAAGGAAGGGAAUUAGACGUUCCGCAGGAAGGACAGGGGCUGUGAGAGGGCUCCCUUGCUGCCUGAGUAGAGCCCCUUUGGUGCACUAGUGUGAUGUCCAGAAACUAAUUUGUCAACAAUAACAGGAUGGGGAAAAGAGCAAUUGCAACCUGUGGAAUCAACAGCAAAAGAAUCGUGAAGGACGUCCACCAACCCCUAGGCUGAGUCAGAAUUGGAAGCCAGGAAUAUGGCAGUGGGUUUCAAGCUUCGCCCUCAGAAGAUAAACUGGGUGACAGAUACAGGGGGGCACAAGCACCCACACUCCCUGACCUACUGAUGUUGAGGAGCUAAAGUAAAACCUGUUUAUUAAGGUUUUAAGACUCUGAGUAACUUUUCAUUAUCAGUGGGGGCCAGUUGUGCUUCCAAAUUCGGAAUAAGGUUGUGAACUUAGAAAACUCUAAGCCAAGAGAUCUGAACCUCUAGAAAUAGUAAUGAUAUUUCUGCGAGUUAAACUACCUAAAAUUGUAUUUUAAAGUUUCUAGCAUUGUAAAAUUUCCAUGAAAGGUCUUUGGGACCUGCUAAACAGUAGGGCAUAGAAGGAUCGCACUCAGCGUCCCAGAUUUGACUGAAGAAUACUUUGGUGCUGGGAAGUGACCUGACUUGGUUUUGCUGAUAACCUGCAACUAGGAUUUUCCCCUAGACGUUAGCAGCAGUGAUCUGAAAAAGUACAAGCUAGUUCCAGAAACUGGGAUGGACUUAGGAUACGGCACUAUAUUCCAAAUGGUUCUAGGUGUAUAAAUAAAGCAUGGACAUACUUGGGGGGCGGGGAGGAACUUGACUCCCUGGGCUAACUCUGACAUGUUUUUUAUUCCCCUCACUAGUUGAUAAGCAUUAAAAAUUCUGGUUCAGCCUAAUGAGUGAACAGGAUGGCUGCCCACGAAACUGGGUUAUUAGCUUUACCUCACUGAAGCUCACAUUCUCAAAGGCCCAAAGCGCUGUGCCGAGACGAAUCCAAGUGCAGCUCUUGCUGAAGUGUGCACUGCAGCCUAGCUGUCCAUGCCGACGGCAGCACUGAAAGUGGGGAUUCCAUGGACCAAAAAUGAUACCAUAAGGGAAGCCAUAAGAGGUGCCAUGCAAGAUCCUAGGCAGAGAUUAUACCAAAGAAAUCAAGCCUUUUUGUCCUGUGCUUCUUAGGUGAUGAGGUUGAGUUAUGACAGAUGCCAUGGGAGGAGAAUUCACAUACAUUCCACGUCCAGGUAUUCAGCUGAUAAAAUAACCCAUCCUCAAAAAAGCACUUAUUUUUUUAAAACAAGUCCAUUUUGUGUAUUAGGGAAAAAAAUGAUGGUGAUGGUGAAAACCUCGGGCAGAUUAUAAAGUUCCCCAGCAUUUAAGGAGAAGGAACUGUUUCCUCUCCCGUUGACAUGGUUGUGACAAUUGCUCGAACUUCAGCCUGGGAACAUCAUAUCUGUGUAAUAGUGAGAGCCAAGGAAUUUUUUUAAAGAGAUGUGGUAGUUUCCAUAGGUUUGUUUAAAGAACUCUUGGGAAAUUUCUUAACAAAUUGUAAUAUUUUUUAUAAACCUUCCUACUGAGGUGUUUAUCACACUCCUCAUCACCACCAUUUAAUAUUUAUAAGUGCCCAGAAUGUACAAGGUGCUAUACAGCCGUUAAACACCUCCCCCUGCCACACAUCUGUUUGAAAUUAGAGUAGGUUUUUGCGUCAGCCACUGCUAGAAGCUUUCCCCACCUGGGUGGGCUGCAGGGGCUUGUGUCCAGACAUCCCAUCACACGUUUCCCACUCCAGAGAGCCUCCGCGUUUAUUCCAGCUUUUUACUUUUACCCAUCCAUUUGCCUCCGUGUUUUUGGGGGUUUUUUUUUUAAUCGAGAAAGUUUCAGGGAAUCAAGAGAGGUCGGACAUUUUUUAACCUAGCAGAAGUACAGAGUCAUAUAUUUUGCUACAAAUAUUAUAUUAUGGAAAAUCCACUUUGCCCGUGUAGUGCGUGGGAGGUACGUGUGUGUCUACACUCAUGAUAACUUGAAUGUUGAACCAGCCCUAUGGCUUCAGGGUAGCGUUUUUGAGAGAGAAACCACACUGCUUCAGGAAACUUGCUCCAAAUGCUACUUGGUUAUCCCUUCCCUUAGCAGUUUUGAAGAGUGUUAUGUGUGAACACACUGGGGUGGUAUUUUUCUGUUGACGAUAUGCCGGGCAUUUUGGCGUGAGAUGAGGGCAGAAGCAAGAUGUCCUUCUCAGUGAUUCGAAUCAUGGCAGUCCUCAUUCCACUCUCUCUUUCAUUCCCCAUGGCUCUGCCCAUGCUCUCUUUUUGAAAAUCUUGUUUCUUUUGCACUUUCCUGGAGCUUCACCUCUCUACUUACAGAUUUUAGAGUUGUAUAAAUCUACCAAUGAAAGGUCCCCUCUGUCACCAGGUGGCGCCGCCCUUUGGUUUGCUGUGGUACUUUGCUGUGUUCUCUGUGGCAUCAUGUUAGUGUAAAUAAAUUCAUUUUCAUAUACACUAAAAACCAGACAAGUGCUUGUC